AUGAGAACUGGACUCGACAUUAGUGAAUUACAUGAUUUAUCGACUACGCAUAAUCCACAAACUCUUGCUACCAAAAUUGCUCAUAAACAAUCAAAAUGUAAGUCGUAUACUGAUUUAAAACGCUGCUCAAAACUUUUAAAUUUGAAUGUGGGAGACAGCGUUCGUGUUCGAAAACCCAAUCAUGUUCGAAAAGGAGACUUUGAUUUUACAACCCCGAGAAAGGUAGUGGCUAAGCCUUAUGAUAGUGCAUAUGAACUUGAUGAUGGCAAAGUGUGGAAUCAAGAAAGACUGGCUAAAGCUAGAGUUAGUGAAAUACCAAUUGAAAAUAGAAAACUAACUACUGAUGUUCCAGAUGAGACUGCUACUUUGAGACGAAGUGACAGAUCAGUUCAUAAACCAAUCUGGCACAAGGACUAUCUGUGA